AUGGAUGAUGACGUCGAUAUCGUUAAACAAUUGGAAAGUAAAAUAACGGAGGCAUUUGACCUGUUUGAUCACGAAAGAAACAAAACAAUUGAUGUCCGUGAAGUCGGGACGGUGAUAAGACACUUAGGCUGCUGUCCAUCAGAAAAAGAACUCCAGGAAAUUAUCCCACAGCUUGAAAACGUUCCCCCUAAUGGUUAUAUAAACUUUGAAACCUUUAUGCCCGCUAUGACCCAAAUAUUGCUGGAAAAUAGUUUUGCGCCAGCAACAGAAGAAGAGAUUGUGAACGCAUUCAAAGCAUUAGAUACUGAAAAGACUGGCUUUAUUCCAGUCGACGUAUUGGAACAACACAUGACAAAAGAAGGUGAACCGUUUACAAAAGAGGAAAUGGAAGAGAUGCUUGCGGCUGCUGUAGAUGCCCAAAAGAGAGCAGCUACUUUCAUUCGCCGGAGAGCAGAUAUCUCGUCAAUGAAACCCGACAAACGUGGAAUAAGGGACCGGAUUCCGCGUGGCACGCAUAGGCUGGCUGUCAAAUUUUACUGGUAA